GAUGCUAUUAAACCCUGCAUACAGGUUCGCGGUGGAUUCGGAGCAACUCCGCAGCCUGGUUUCAGUGGCGCGCGCGCCGGAGCGAUCAGGAUCACCAGCUGCAGUUGUGAGAGAAACCCAGCGCGAUGCUGGCUGGAGGGCGCGUGACCCGCCGGUUUGUCCUCCGGGGCCGAGUUUCGUGUGGAUUCCUUCAGACCCCGGUCCCGCCGGAGGGAAAGCGGCAGCAGGAGGGAUAUGGGACAGCUGAGGCAGGUCUGAAGCGAACCCCUCUCUAUGAAUUUCACAGAGCUCAUGGGGGUAAAAUGGUGGAGUUUGCAGGAUGGAGCAUGCCUGUGCAGUACACAGAAAGCCACAUCAACUCGCACCUCCACACACGCCAACACUGCUCCAUCUUCGAUGUCAGCCACAUGUUACAGACCAAAGUCCAUGGGAAAGACCGAAUAAAGUUCAUGGAGUCCUUGAUUGUUGGUGAUAUUGCAGAGCUGAAGGACAACCAGGGCACCCUGUCUCUCUUCACCACUGAUAAAGGGGGCAUCAUAGAUGACCUGAUAGUGACGAAGACAGAUCAGGGUUAUCUGUAUGUGGUGUCCAAUGCUGGCUGUGCAGACAAAGACUCUGCUCGUAUGGAGGCCAAACUGCAAGAGUUUAAAGCUGCAGGUCAUGCUGUCGAUUUGGAGUAUUUGGAAGAGAGCUUGAUAGCUAUACAGGGUCCAUCAACAGCACGGGUGCUGCAAGAGGGUGUGUGUGAUGAUCUCAGCAAGCUGACCUUUAUGACCAGUGUUUUGACCCCAGUGUUUGGCAUCCAGGGUUGUAGGGUCACUCGCUGUGGAUACACUGGGGAGGAUGGUGUUGAGAUAUCAGUUCCAAGUGGGAGUGUGGUAGAGUUGAUGGAGAAACUACUGGUCAAUAGUGAGGUGAAACUGGCUGGCCUUGGUGCACGUGACAGCCUUAGACUGGAAGCAGGGCUCUGUCUCUACGGCAACGACAUCGAUGAGACUACGACACCUGUGGAAGCGAGUCUCGUAUGGACUAUAGGUAAGCGCCGUCGGCAGGCGAGGGAUUUCCCUGGAGCUGAUGUCAUCAUUCCACAGAUCAAAGCGAAGACUCAGAGGAAAAGAGUGGGACUUGUGUCCAGUGGCCCACCAGUACGACAACACGCCCCUAUCCUCAACCCUGAUGGCAAAAUUAUAGGUGAGGUCACCAGUGGAUGCCCUUCUCCCUGCCUAAAGCAAAAUGUUGCCAUGGGUUAUGUGGACACAAGCUUCAGUAAAAUAGGAACACCUGUUCAGGUAGAGGUGAGGAAGAAGAUGGUACCGGCAGUGAUCAGCAAGAUGCCAUUUGUCCCGACAAACUAUUAUACUGGAUAGUAAAGUAACCAUGGACUGAUCAAAUCAUUUAUUACGUCAGGGAAACAUUUCUGACCAUUUAUAGCAGUUAGUUUGACUGCCGCAAGGUUAUAGAGUGAAAUUAAUUUACUAAUGGAGAGUGAAAUACACUUUUUUUUUUUUUUUUUUUUCCUGUAUUUUUGUUUUUAAAUUCAAAUACAUUAUUGCUGAAUUGCAUCAAUAGGUGGAAGUCUGGAGUAUGUCAUGUUUUAUAUUCCAAAACAAACACACUUGCAUGCUUUUAUACUGUAUGUAAUAAUUGUUUUCAUACUGUAGUCAUUUGUUAUCUAGAGGUCCCUCUCGGCUUAUUGUUUGCUGAAUAAUACUGACCAACAUGUAGGCUACUAAGCUUACUAACAAGAAUAUGAAUACAUGUACUCUGCUUUAGCUAUGUCCCUUUAUUUGUGUUAUUGUAACACAUGCCUGCACUAUAACACAGUAAUUAUAAUUUUAACAAUGUCAAGUCUCUCUUGCUACUGUCAAGUUUGUACUUCAAAAUAUUAGUUUUGGUUUGCACUGUGUUGAAUUUGGUACGUUUUGAACUUUUUCCCAUCUUUUUUUCUUUUAUUUUGUUAUUCUAAACUGUGAAUCCAAACAAGGAGACCAAAAUUUCAAUGGAAAAUUGUGCUGUUUUUUUAACACUUUUUUUUUUAAUUUAUAAUAAUUCUUAUUCAACUCUUAAACAGCUAAGAGUACGUCUUAUAUUUUUAGAUUUAAGACCAAGAGAAAAAGUUAUUUUGUGUUUUUUAAUA